AUGUGGAAAUCCACUCUCCCCACCUUGGUGGUCGACCUCCCCCUCCUGCAGACCGGCCAUUGUCUAAGCUGCCAAUUCCGCAACCCAGCAGUUCUCUCCCAGUUACGGGCCAAACCUUUUUCUCUGCGCCAAUAUUCCAGCAAAACCGAGAAGCCUAUCGACAAUAAAGACGCCGCCCCUGCUCCCGUGAAACGAACCAUAAAAAACGAGGGACACCGAUUCUCGACUGCCAUCGAAUUCAAACAGAACCCGGGUGGACCUCAGCCCGGUGACGCAGACUUCGUUCCUCCAACCUUGGACCGGCCCAUCGGUAGCCCGCAAGCGCCGCUAGAAGGACAGAACACAGGUAUUGACACGCGGUCGAUGCGCCAGCGGCGCGACGACUUCACCAACUAUGACCGACACAUCAAGCGGCGCAAGGAAUUGACAAAACAAGUCGCCAAGCCGUAUUUCCGCGAAUGGUCCAAUCUCCGCUUCGCCGAGGGCAAAACCUUUGUCUCGAACCCACGACUGUUCAAAGCUGAUAAAGCCCUUUACUUCCCAAACAUGCACGGCAUAACCCUUGCAGCACCCAAGGAUCCCCAGAACACGACGACGCAGCUCCGCGGCAGCAUCUCAGUCGUAAACUUGUUCUCAAGCUUGUGGGCCGAGAGCCAGGUUGCGACAUUUACGGGGCCGAAGCAGAACCCGGGACUCGUGGAGGCGCUGGCCAGCGGCGGAAGGCAUGUACAGAGGAUUGAUAUUAAUCUUGAGGAGAACCGGUUGAAGGCAUUCCUGAUAAAGACGUUCAUGUGGCGGAUGCGGCAGAAAUUGCCUGUGGAGCAGCAUUCGCGCUACUUCCUUGUGCAGAAGGGUUUCGAACAGGCACUCAAAGAGACGAUUGGCAUGAUGAAUUCCAAGGUCGGCUAUGUCUACCUGGUUGAUUCCGAGUGUCGCAUCCGCUGGGCGGGCAGUGGACCGGCUGAAGCGUCUGAAUUAGAGGGACUUAAUGCUGGUCUGCAGAAGCUUAUUGAGGAGAAGAAAGCCGCUCUCCGGGCGCAGGACCCAUCUCGCAGGUACUGA